AUGGAAGAAAGUAAGAAAGGAAACAAAUCGGCCAAAUAUUCAAACCGCCCUUCUGGGCGCGACACAUCAGGUCGUCAGACACAUGCCGUCCUACAAACGGAAUAUAAGGAAGAAUCCAAGAGCACCCAGCAGCCUCAGAACCCGCCUAAAGAAAACAUCAUGUACUGCAAGUUCCAUCGCAGCAACGGUCAUAACACUGAGCAAUGCAGGCACCUCAAAGACGAAAUUGAUGAACUCAUCAAAGGCGGAGCACAGAGGCGAGGAGGAGACAGCACACGCCCUUCUGGAACAGGAAGGCGAUAUCGUGAGCGCAGCAAAUCGCCUGAAAGAAGAAGAACGAAUCAAUCUGGCUCUAGACCCUCCUACAACCGUGAUAGGAGAGAGGAUUCCCCCAGGAAUCGCAGAGCGCGAGCAAGUCCAAACCGCAGAGGGAGGCGUGAAGAAGUGGACGAAGACUCAGCCGCGGUGAAGCACGGAGUGAUAAACAUGAUUUCAGGUGGACUGAGCAGAGGCGGAGAGAUGGCGAACGCCAAAAAGAAACAUUUGAAGCAGUGUCUGGCGGUCGCUGGCAAAGUCAUUGGAAAAGCAAAGAACAACCCUGGUCCAACCAGACCUCAAAUUGUUUGGGACAACAGCGAUUUUGACGAUAUCCUCCCUGGACACGACGAUCCACUCGUCAUUCAAGCUAUAAUCGCCAACUUCGGCGUUAAUCGCGUUUUUAUUGACCACGGUAGCUCAGCCGACAUUUUGUUUUUACCAUGCUUUAAAGCGUUAGGAUUUACUGUUGAUAGUUUAACUCCUGUUACAGGUGAACUCUCAGGUUUCAACGCUACCACCACAAAGCCACUGGGAGUGAUUACCUUGCGACUUUCCCUUGGAACGCCGCCCACCUCACGAUCCGCAGACAUCCAAUUUUUGGUGCUCGACACCUCAUCAGCUUACAACGCCAUUCUUGGUAGAAGGAUGUUCGCCGCCUUCGAGGCAAGCAUCUCACACCCCCACUUGGCAAUGAAGUUCGUUGCCCGUGACCACAAAGUCGCCACGGUGCGAGGAGACCAGACGAUAGCCCGAAGCUGCUACAACAUAUCCUUGCGGCCAAUGGCCAAAGCUAGUUUUAAUGAUGAAAGGCCACCCAAACAGAGGGUGACCUCGCCAGCCGAAAGAAAUCCAGGCGAGGAGACAAAGGAGCAUGACCAAUGUUUUUUGGUAGAAUUUGAUGCCAGAGAUGAUCCGCGCGUGGAACAUGACAGACCCACGCCUGAUGGGGCGUUGGAACAUGUUGUAUUAGGAGAUGCGGAUCAUCAAACAACAACCAUCGGGGCCACCAUCGACCCCGAAAUGAAAUGCAAGUUAAUCAAGUUGUUCAAAGAUAACAAAGAUUUGUUCGCAUGGAAGCCUUCCGACAUGCCGGGUAUCAAUCCAGACGUUUGCUGCCACCGUUUGUCGGUGGAUCCCAAAGCCAAGCCAGUCGCCCAGAAAAAGAGGAAAUUCGGUCCCGACCGCCAGAGGGUGAUUGAUGAAGAAGUCAAAAGGCUCCACGCCGCCGGGUUCAUAAGGGAAAUCAAGUACACAACUUGGUUAUCCAACCCAGUAUUGGUUAAAAAACCAAACGGCGCAUGGAGAAUGUGCGUUGACUACACCGACCUAAACAAGGUCUGUCCAAAGGAUGCUUACCAUUUUCCUAGCAUUGAUCAGUUGGUCGACAACGCGUCCGGAUUCAAAAUACUGUCAUUCAUGGACGCAUAUUCAGGUUACAAUCAGAUUCCGCUUCUUGAAGAAGACCAAGAUAAAACGGCGUUCAUCACUCAGAACGCCAAUUACUGUUAUACAAUGAUGCCCUUCGGUCUAAAGAAUGCUGGGGCCACUUACCAAAGGAUGAUGAAUGAAGUAUUCAGAGACCUGAUUGGCAAUUGCAUCGAAGGAUACAUCGAUGACAUGAUCACUAAAUCAAGAACGUCCGAACAACAUUUGACUGACCUACAAGGAGUAUUUGAAAGACUCAGAAAAUUCAACAUGCGUUUGAAUCCCAGCAAGUGCGCCUUCGGAGUUCUUGCGGGCAAAUUCCUAGGAUUUAUGCUCACUGAGCGAGGCAUUGAGGUCAAUCCUGAUAAGUGCAAGGCGGUGAUUGAAAUGCGAAGCCCACAAACAAUUAAGGAAGUUCAGCAACUAACAGGAAGGUUAGUAGCUCUCACUCAUUUUUUGGCCAAUUCGGCUCACAAAUCGCUCCCUCUCUUUGGCUUACUCAAAAAAGGAACCGUCUUUCGGUGGUCAGAAGAAUGUGAGAACGCCUUCCAGGAAUUCAAAAGGGCGCUCUCUUGCCCACCGGUACUCGCCAAACCAGACAACAGAGAAAUGCUGUAUUUAUAUCUUGCCGUAGGUACCAAGGCGAUCAGUGCAGCCCUUGUCAAAGAAAUAAAGGAAGGACAAAAGCCUGUUUAUUUCAUCAGUAAGGUUCUACAAGGUGCAGAGCUUCGAUACCAACAGGUGGAAAAGGUAGCUUUAACGCUUAUCUUUGCCGCGCGGCGUUUAAGACCGUACUUCCAGUGCCAUCCAAUCACCAUCAGGACCAACCAACCAAUUCGCCAAGUCCUGCACAAACCUGACAUGGCUGGAAGGAUGAUGUCGUGGGCGAUCGAGCUGUCCGAGUAUCAGAUCACCUAUGAGCCUAGGACCGCCAUCAAAGCCCAAGCACUCACUGACUUCAUUGCAGAAAUGACGCAACUUUCCCCGCCCAAGAACCAAGCCAUGGGAACGCCAUUAUCAGAAGUAUGGAAACUAUAUGUAGAUGGCUCGUCAAAGGCCAAAGGCUCCGGUGCAGGGAUGAUAAUAGAAAAUCCAGAUGGCGUGGCUAUCGAACAUUCUUUAUCAUUUGAUUUCAACACCACUAAUAACCAGGCGGAAUAUGAGGCCAUGAUAGCUGGUCUGAUCCAAGCAAAGGAAAUGGGGGCCCAACGCCUCAAAGUCUUUAGUGACUCCCAGCUGGUGACAUUUCAGAUCUCCGGCGAGUACCAAGCCAAAGGAGCACUGAUGUGCAAACACUUAGAAAAAGUCAGAGAGCUAAUUGGAGGUUUUGAAAGUGUCGAGGUGGAACAUAUCCGACGUACUGAAAAUACCCGGGCGGACAUUUUGUCCAAGCUAGCAAGCACUAAAAGCCCAGGCAACAACCGUUCUAUAGUCCAGCAGAGUAUGCCAAACUCGUGCAUAGUCAUGAGUAUCUCAGAGACAGCCCCUGGAGCUACUGAAGAAACCUGGAUCACGCCCAUUGCCAAUUAUUUAGCUGAAGGGGCCUUGCCUCCUAACCAGAAAGAUGCUAGAAAGAUAAUUCGUAGAAGCGCCCACUUCUGCAUAGUACAAGGGCGGUUGUACAAGCGUGGACUUUCAACCCCACUCCUGAAAUGUUUGAAUCCCACUGAUGUUCCAUACGUGUUAGAAGAAAUCCAUGAAGGAAUCAACGGCCAUCACAUGGGCGGUCACUCACUAGCAAAGAAGGCGUUGAGAGCCGGAUUUUAUUGGUCAACCAUGGAACGUGACGCCCAUGAACACGUCAAAAAGUGCGAAAAAUGUCAGAGGUUCGCCGACAUACAUAGAGCACCGCCAGAAGAGUUAACAUCAAUCACCUCACCAUGA